GAAAGGUUAAAAAAAAAGAGGGAAAAAAAAAAGAAGAUGAGAGAAAGCAAAGUGUUGAAGACUUUUUAGAAAGCAGAAAAAAAAGCAGAGAGUGUAUUCAAAGUCGGAAAGAAACCCUAAAGAAGAGGAUUAUGGGUGCUGUAUCGAUGGAGUCGCUUCCUUUAGGUUUCAGAUUCAGACCUACCGAUGAAGAGCUCGUCAAUCACUACCUCCGUCUCAAGAUCAACGGACGUCACUCCGAUGUCCGUGUCAUCCCUGAUAUCGAUGUCUGCAAAUGGGAACCUUGGGAUCUUCCUGCUCUCUCGGUGAUUAAGACGGAUGAUCCAGAGUGGUUCUUUUUCUGCCCUCGUGAUCGGAAAUACCCUAAUGGUCAUCGCUCUAACAGAGCAACUGACUCUGGCUAUUGGAAAGCUACUGGUAAAGAUCGUAGCAUCAAGUCUAAGAAGACUUUAAUCGGUAUGAAGAAGACUCUUGUCUUCUAUCGUGGACGAGCUCCUAAAGGUGAGCGGACUAAUUGGAUUAUGCACGAGUAUCGUCCCACUCUUAAGGAUCUUGAUGGCACUUCCCCUGGCCAAAGCCCUUACGUUCUUUGUCGCCUCUUCCACAAGCCUGAUGAUCGGGUUAAUGGUGUCAAGUCCGAUGAAGCAGCUUUUACGGCCAGCAACAAAUACUCACCUGAUGAUACAUCAUCUGAUCUUGUUCAAGAAACACCUUCCUCUGAUGCUGCUGUUGAGAAACCAUCAGAUUAUUCAGGUGGAUGCGGUUAUGCUCAUAGUAAUAGUACCGCAGAUGGGACAAUGAUUGAGGCACCUGAAGAGAAUCUUUGGUUAUCUUGUGACCUUGAAGAUCAAAAGGCACCACUACCGUGUAUGGAUUCUAUAUAUGCUGGUGAUUUCAGUUACGAUGAGAUUGGAUUCCAAUUUCAAGAUGGUACCAGCGAACCAGAUGUAUCACUAACAGAAUUGUUGGAGGAGGUGUUCAAUAACCCUGAUGACUUCUCUUGCGAGGAAUCGAUCAGUCGAGAGAAUCCAGCAGUCUCACCAAAUGGGAUAUUUUCAUCUGCUAAAAUGCUGCAGUCUGCAGCACCAGAGGAUGCUUUCUUCAACGACUUCAUGGCUUUCACUGAUACAGAUGCUGAGAUGGCGCAAUUGCAGUAUGGUUCAGAAGGUGGAGCUUCUGGUUGGCCAAGUGACACUAAUUCAUACUAUAGUGAUUUGGUUCAGCAAGAGCAAAUGAUCAAUCAUAACACAGAGAACAACCUCACAGAAGGGAGAGGGAUAAAGAUCCGGGCUCGACAGCCUCAGAACCGGCAGAGUACAGGAUUGAUAAACCAGGGUAUUGCUCCAAGGAGAAUCCGUCUGCAGCUGCAGUCUAACUCUGAAGUAAAAGAACGAGAGGAGGUGAAUGAAGGACACACUGUUAUUCCCGAGGCCAAAGAAGCUGCAGCUAAAUACUCAGAGAAGAGUGGUUCUUUGGUUAAACCUCAAAUAAAGCUCAGGGCGCGGGGAACUAUAGGCCAAGUAAAAGGAGAGAGAUUUGCAGACGACGAGGUACAGGUGCAGAGCAGAAAGAGACGAGGAGGGAAGCGAUGGAAGGUGGUUGCAACGGUAAUGGUGGCUGUGAUGGUUGGGGUAGGGAUGGGUAUAUGGAGGACACUGGUGAGUUCAUGACACAUGAGACACAAAGAGAGAGAGAGAGAGAAUCAAAUGUAGUUUAAUGUAAUUAGGGAUGAUGCAAUGUUAGCAUGUUUGUGUGUUGUAACUUAAAAACUUAUUUAGGAAUCUGAUAAAAGUUACUGUUGAAUUUACACGGAUGGUCAAGAUUAAAUGUACCAACAUCUUAAUUAUCUACGGUCAAGAUUAAAA